GGAGAUGGAAAAUCAUAUUUUCUAGUAAUGAGGGUAUGCUUAGGAAACUUCAACCGCUUAAUUUUCUUUUACUUAUAUGAAUUGACAAAACACCCCUCUAAAUUUCUUUGGAAUUACACCAACAUCUUAUUCUCAAAGCAACUUAACAAUUCGGAAAAAUUGAAUCAUCCACUCGCCUUCAAUAUACCGAGUUGACUCGUCCGCCAUGUCCGACCACCAGCGAACUCGGAAGGACGAUCCCUUCCUUCUCAAUUACAACUCCGAUGAACUCCGUAUCGCCUCCGAGUUUCUCUCCAAUUGGCUCCCCUUUCUCUCCCGUGACCUUUGCCGCUCCUGCACCCAGACCCUCUCCGAUCGCAUCCGAUCCCUCAAUUUUAAAGUUAGUGGUAAUGCAGAAUGCUUGAAGCAACCAAAGAAUGUGAGUGUUUUGACUUGUGAUUCGGAUGGAUGCAAUGGGAGUCAAGAAAAUUGUGACAACAAUUCGCUUGGAAGUUGGAAUGAUUACGGUGACUUGAAUGAUAAUGCAGAUACAAACUCAUUGGGGAGUUGGAAAGAUGGGGCUGGUGGGGAGCCCUUUGAGGAGCUUUCUGUGGACAGAAAUUCAUCUGACAGUUGUAUAGAUGGCGCAGAUUCUCAAUCUCAACCUGUUGGAGAGGCAUCUACAAGUGAAGCAUUCAACUCAUCCUUACCUGUGACUACCCCAAAAGUGAAGAUGUCAUGGGCAGAUAUGGCUCAGGAGGAUGAACUUCAAGCUGAGGAAGUGAAUGAGUCAAUUGCCUUGAGAAGUCAGGUGAAUGGUGUGGCUGAACAGGAAAUUACUACUCCGGAGAGUAAGCAAAAAACAGAAUUGUCAAGGGAGCAACGAGAGUACAUUAGAUUCUGUAAUGUGAAGAGGAAAAAGGAUUUCAUAUGUUUGGAGAGGGUGAGCGGGAAAAUUGUGAAUAUACUUGAUGGAUUGGAGCUACAUAAGGGUGUCUUUAGCGCCGCUGAGCAAAUUAGAAUAGUUAAAUAUGUGGAGAAGCUUGACCAGAUGGGGAAGAAUGGGGAACUGAAAGAGAGGACUUAUACUACACCAACAAAGUGGAUGAGGGGCAAAGGACGUGUGACAAUCCAAUUUGGCUGUUGUUACAACUAUGCACCAGAUAAGAGUGGCAAUCCCCCAGGGAUCCUCAAAAGUGGAACUGUUGAUCCAUUGCCUGAUCUUUUGAAGGUCAUGAUUAGAAGGCUUGUAAGGUGGCAUGUGAUGCCUUCAACUUGUGUUCCAGACAGCUGUAUUAUCAACAUUUACGAAGAAGGCGAUUGCAUACCACCACAUAUUGACAAUCAUGAUUUUGUGCGCCCAUUUUGUACUGUUUCAUUCCUUAGCGAGUGCAACAUUGUGUUCGGAUCCAACUUGAAAAUAGUGGGUCCUGGUGAAUUUGCUGGUGCGAUUGCAAUACCGUUGCCAGUGGGAUCUGUACUUGUCUUGAAUGGAAAUGGAGCUGAUGUAGCUAAACACUGUGUGCCAGCUGUGCCUACUAAGAGGAUUUCAAUCACAUUUAGAAGAAUGGAUGAAUCUAAAAGGCCAACUGGAUAUGUUCCCGAGCAUGAUUUACAUGGGUUGCAGCCCUUGUCAUAUGAAGCAGACUCGCAAAAGAAAUCAAGCUCCUCUAGGCCAAGGUUUUCCUCAAGAAAACAGUCAGUGAGACAAGAAGAGGAGAGCAUGGAAAGAGUAAAGAUGCCAAUGAGAAGGCAUUCGGAGCCCCGUUAUCCAGGUCGAUAUCGACGAGGACCUGCAAACAGGCAGUGGUAUGAAAAUUGAAGGCACAUUCUGACUUGUGUAUAUUGAUCAAUCGUCAUCUGCUAAAAUUAUCAACGUUGUUGGUAUUUGGGUCCCCUCUCCUCUCCUUGUCGAGUUGGUGAAGCAUUAAAAUUGUUGGAGAUUGCUUGUUUGCUACUCCAUUUGAUGGAUAUCUUCUAAUAUAGAAGCUUAAUCCUCCCGCUCUUUGAUCUGCAUUCGCAAUAUCGCAAACCAAGGAGGAACAUUCAAGUGGAGAAGAGUGAUCUAGAGCUUGUAGCUCUGAUAUUGUAAUAUGUAUGGUCUUCCAAUUUGCGGUGGGUUAUAAUGACGUGAGGCAGCUAUCAAAUAAUUACUCGUCAGAUUGGAUAAACUCUACUCAAAUAAUACUCCUCUUGAGGAAUGCCCAUCCGUGUGUAUUUUUUAAGCUUACACGAUGUAUAAUUCAUGUCAUUGGUUACACAUUUAAUUAUUUGCCCACAAGCUUUGGUCCUAAGGGUCGUAUUGUUAAUGUAUGUUUUCAAGUUAAGUUGUCUUAA